AUGUCUCCAGCAUUGGAACAGCCUGCACAGUGGCUUGAGAGCUACGCGACCGAUCGCCAUGACUGGCAGCAGACGACAAAGAACGACCGCCUCAUCUUCUACCGGCGCAUUGGCAUUGUCGAAAGCUUGUUUAACACCGAUGGCACCGAUUUCGAAGGCAGGGCAGAUCUCACGAUGCAUCUGCAUGUGAAAAUGAGAACGUUGCUGGAGUCCGAAGCUUUGAAGGCGCGAAUCUUGCUUGCGUUAGGUGUUAUGCGGCAGAAACAUAUCCUUCUCUCCACCAGAGUUGCCAGAGCUGUCGAUGUCCUCCCGCCUGGACAGUAUCCUUUUGCUCCCGAAGACGGUUUUUAUGUCUUUGAGCCAUGCAAAGAUCUCGAAACGAUGUUGAUCGAGGCAAGGAAGCACGUCGUGUUCGUGGAAGACUAUUACCCGGAGGCAGAACCUGAUGAGUUCUUCGUCCACACUCUGAAUUCGAGUCGAUGCAUUGACGAGGCCCAUGCGCUGAGCAGGCUCUAUGUCAUGCCGAUCAAGAGUGCUGCAGACGGCCUGCAUCAAGUCCAUUUCAUGUUCGUCGCAGGGCACGAAAUUGUCGACGGUCUCACUUCGAUGCGGUGGAUGUCUUCGUUCAUCGACCUGCUCAAUCUCUCAGCCGAGCGACUGUCCUCUGAAGCAGACCGUCUAUGCACAUCUUCACCAAUCGGCAGACUGCCGCCUGCCCAAGAGUCUUUGUAUCCUCCAAUGAAAGGAUCUCCGGCAAGGCAGCGAUGGUCAUGGCUCCUUACUCGCAUACUUCGCCACGCUCGAAAUCCACCUCCCGCAUCGUUUCAGAACCCGCUUCGGCGAAGGACAAGAUUACCCCAAGCCGUUUCACUCGACCGGAAAUUCGCCAGCGUUCUAGACUACACCCGAACGCCACCACUCAACACUUUCUCCGUCAGAGCAGUUCUAGGCCCAGUGUCUACAAGAAGGCUCUCCAGAGUCUGCCGUCAGGCGGGAAUCAGCAUAGGAAGCGGCUGUUUCGCGUUGGUGGCAAUGGUGAUGAUGCUCUUCGAGGAAAGACGCAAUUCGCAUGUUCCUGCGCAGGAACGCCUUUCCUUCGUAGGCUCCUUCCCUGUAAACCCGAGGCCCUUCCUAAGCGGUAAACCUACUACAGGGAGAGAAGACAGUCUCAUGCUCGCAUUCAGCGACGGCAUCACCCUGCCGUUCCUAUCCAGCGACUUGGAUCUCGAGGGGAGAUUGCGGUUACUGGGUAAACAAGCACACCGCCAACUACGCCGGUACCAAAAGCGGCCGAGGACCGUGGAGGAAGAGAUACAGCUCGGUUCCAGGAGCCUAAGCCGGCUUCUGCCCCUGCUGUACCUCUCCACCAUGGAGUAUCUCGAGAGAAAGAGUCAGACGGCCAGAAAGCGCGACUGGAACAUCCAGGGAGCCUACCCGGCCAGCACGGGGUCUAGUCUAGCGACCUGUGGGGUGAGCUCGGUGGGCGCUCGAGGGUCCAUCAUCGCCUCGGGCAAAUACGACACGAGCGGCCAAUCCUUGCGGCCAGGAAGAGGAGCGGGAGAGGGAGAUCGGGACGUCGUGGUGGCGGAUUUCUGCAACCUUCACACCACGGUUCGCGCCAGAGACGGGGAAUUCCUUGUCGGCGUCGCGGGGGACGGCGAUUACCUGAUGUUCGGAGUCAGCUACGAUGGAUGUGCAAUUGACCCGGACCUGGCGAGCGAGUGGAAGCUCGUCAUGGAGAGCAUUCUAGAGGACCACGACCCGGGGAAAAGGAUCACCAAGGUGCCGGCCAUCCCGUCCCACAAGCUCUGA